GUCACCCCAAGGGGACUAUCUCCCAGCGGCAGGCCUUCGAUAAAAUCAGGAACUUGCGCUGGCCCUGCAAUGUCAAGGGAGGGGGCUCACCCAGGGCUCCUGUAGCUCAAGGGGCAGGCCUGAGCCCUGUACCCGCCCUGAGUCCGUCCAGCCCCCGACGGGGCGCCCCAUCCCCAGGGGCUCCGCACUGGCCCCCACCAAGGCAGGGGACCUGACCGGCUCGGAGCUCGGCUGGAUGUUACAGGCGUGCAAAAUGGAAGGGUUUCCCCUCGUCCCCCCUCCAUCGGAAGAUCUAGUUCCUUACGACACGGAUCUCUACCAACGCCAAACGCACGAAUAUUACCCCUAUCUCAGCAGUGAUGGAGAGAGCCACAGCGACCAUUACUGGGACUUCCACCCCCACCACAUGCACAGCGAGUUCGAGAGCUUCCCCGAGAACCACUUCACGGAGCUGCAGAGCGUGCAGGCCCCGCAGCUGCAGCAGCUCUACCGCCACAUGGAGCUGGAGCAGAUGCACGUGCUCGACACACCCAUGGCGCCCACCCAUGCCAGCCUUGGCCACCAGGUCUCCUACCUGCCCCGGAUGUGCCUCCCGUACCCCUCCCUGUCCCCGGCUCAGCCCAGCUCGGAUGAGGAGGAGGGCGAGCGGCAGAGCCCCCCACUGGAGGUGUCUGACGGGGAGGCCGACGGCCUGGAGCCAGGGCCUGGCCUCCUGCACGGGGAGACAGGCAGCAAGAAGAAGAUCCGCCUGUACCAGUUCCUGCUGGACCUGCUGCGCAGUGGCGACAUGAAGGACAGCAUCUGGUGGGUGGACAAGGACAAGGGCACCUUCCAGUUCUCGUCCAAGCACAAGGAGGCGCUGGCGCACCGCUGGGGCAUCCAGAAGGGCAACCGCAAGAAGAUGACCUACCAGAAGAUGGCCCGCGCGCUUCGCAACUACGGCAAGACGGGCGAGGUCAAGAAAGUCAAGAAGAAGCUCACCUACCAGUUCAGUGGGGAGGUGCUGGGCCGCGGGGGCCUGGCCGAGCGGCGCCACCCGCCCCACUGAGCCCAGGCCCGAGCCCGCCGGGCCGCCAGGCCUCCCCUCUGGCCAUAGCAUUAACCCCUCGCCCGGCCGGACACAGGGGGGAAGCUCCCAGGGGUCAGGGGCAGGACUGGGGCGGGCCAGGCCUCGCCUCCCCGCCCACCCCCUCCUCCUCCAAGCCCCCGCCCACACCCCUGCUUCGCCUCCCACCAGGACUCCAGCCCCGGCUUCAGAAGGCCACCUGGGCGUCUGGCCCCAGCAAGGGUCAGCUUGCUUAGUACCAGGGGUGCUUCCUUGGGAGUUCGAAGUCAUCAUAUUUGUGUAAAUUGAACCUUCCUCUUUAAGCAUCCCUUUCUCCCCACACCUCUCUCCCAUCAGCUUCCUCAGGAAUACCAGUUAUUAAAAUUAUUCUCAGUGA